AUGACACGAGGUAGGAGUAGAUCAAUUGUUCAAAGGAUUGCUAGUGAUGUUCCUUCAAGCACUGAGGAUCAUCUAAAUUUAGGAGAAGAUGAUACCAUACAACCAACUACUUAUCGGACAGCCAGAUCCAAGUCGGUGGAUAUAGAUGCUACUAUCAGUAAUGGCAUACAUCUGGGCGAUUUACCAAUGUUUCCAUUUACUAACAAGGAAAGCAACAAUGUUUGGUCGCAAUAUAUCGAAACCUAUGAAUACGACGUUGUUUUAAAACCUCAAGACAUUCAACAUAUUAAUGAUUUACAAAUUGACAAUAUCCUUAAUUUUCAAAACAAUAUUGUCAGAAAUCAACAGCAAAUUGGGGAGUUUAUUGAUGAAACAGACAGUCUUUUGGCUAGUAUUAAUACCUUGUUGGUGAAGUACAACCAGAUUUCCAGCGACACAAUCGAAUUCGAUAAAGAAGCAAAUGAUUUACUUGAAUUACAAAGAGGCUAUACUGACAAGUAUGAUCAAAUAAACACCUAUUUAAAGCAUUUUGAACAUUUAGAUUCAAUUACAAAACAUUUAUCAAGAUCAGGGAACCAUUUAUUGCAUCAGAAGAGAGACUAUUUUGUCAACGAAAUUUUAAAACUGUUGGAUGAAUCUUUAGUGUUUAUUAACCAACAUACAAAUUUCAAAGAGGCAGAGCUAUACGGUAGUAGAUUCAGGCAAUGUAUGACCCGAGGAUUAACAUUAAUUAGAAACUUUCUAAAUCACGAAUUAAGGAACUUGGAUCAAAGUAUUAAGAGGAAGUUAGCCAGGAAUAUAUCUAUCGAGUUAUUGAUAUAUAACGAGUUUAAUGAUUAUUUGAAAUUUGACAAUGGUUCAUUCAAUAGUUUAUUUAAAGAAAUUGUGGCCAGAACUUACACUCAUGAGGAAUACAACGGGUUACUCAGAGAAAUAUUAGGUACCUAUUUCGACAUAAGAUUGAAUCUUUUGAAAACAUAUAUAGAAAAAGAUUCCAAUAUCCGUUCAUUAUUUCACAAGUCAGACCAUGACCUUGUGCAAACGUGCCAAGACCAAAUCUCAUAUUUCAAAAAGAUUGUUGAAAAGGAAUAUUCCUUAUAUAGACAAUUUUUUGUGCAAGACGAAAUGGUAACUGUUGUAAGUGAAGAAUUCUAUCAAUUCUUGAAAAAUUUACUUGAACCUUUGUACGACGUUACAAGAUUACUUAUUUUGAAAGAACAUAGUAUUUCCAACUUGUGUCAGUUGACCACGUUGCUACAAAAGUAUUACGAAUUUGAUAGCGAAGAAGACACUGCCAGUUACUUUGCUAUUGAAGUAAUCAAAUAUGGUGAAUUAUUCCAGCCAAUUCUUGAUGAUGCUCAGAGUAGAUUAAUUUUCAGAAUCCAAAAGUAUGUUGAUGACAAAUUAAUAAAGUACAAACCCAAGCCAGAAGAUUUAAAGAUUGGAAACAGAAAGGUUUCUCUUGAACCAGAAAAGCAGCAAGUUAAUACAUUAGACGUGGAAUAUACUGAAAACUUAUUUCCUGAUGUCUAUUUACCAUUAGGAAAAGCAUUAACACUUUUAUCCAAUAUUUAUGAGCUAAUCAACUCGGUGGUUUUCGAUGACCUUGCUCACUACAUUGUUCAUUCUUGUAUUGAAUUGUUGCAAGGAGAAUUUGUUAAGAUAGCCAGUGCACAUAUGGGGAAACUCGAUGGUAAAUUGGCAUAUUUGAACAAUUUAAUCACAUUACGAAGCCAAAUUAAUAAUUUUGAUAUUCAAUAUACUAGAACUGAUUAUUCAAUUGAUUUCACAAGUGGAUUGAACGAUAUUUGGCAAAUGAUUAAAGCUAGAAGUUUUAGUUUAAACAAUAAAGGGAUUUUAGACUUGGCUAAAAAGACAGUUCCUAAAAUUAUCAACAAUAUGAUUGAUGCAAACUUGGAAAUUGAAUUAGAAUUGAAUAAUUUGGUAACUGAAAUUAUAACAUUGUGUUCAACUACAAUUUGUGAUCCAAUACAAACCGCUGAGAAUCCAUUGGAUGUUACCCAUAGAUUUAAAGAUAAUUUGAUUAUGAAGAUUCCGUUAUAUUUCAACGAGUUCAAAAUGAUAUUGAACGACUUGGCAGUGACACAAUUCUUAAUGAAUAAUCUAUCAAAUGUGGUAUUGAAUAACUAUGAAAAUUACUAUAAACUGUUGACGGCAAAUAUAUCUAAAAUGGAUAGUGAAACGCGACAACAAAUUAGUGAAAUAAUGGAGGUUGACGCCAUGUAUGGGUUUAUAAAUGAUUUGUUAACUCAUGUAUAUGAAGAAGAAGUGGAGGAUAAGCCAGAAUUCAACGAAGAUAUUUUGGAACUUGAUAAUAUAGUUGAAGGUGUAGCUGAUAUACUGGUUGAUCCAAAUAGUGAAUUAUCACCUUCUCCCGGAACAAAUUUAGACAAACCUGAAGCCGAAGCCGGUGAAGAUUCUGAGCUGGUACAAGCUAAGCUAGUACCUCCAGUUUCCACAUCACACACAGAAGUGGAGCCAGAGGAAUCCACAGUAAGUGAACUCACAACGGAGGAUCCCAAGGCUGUCGAACCCUUAGCUGAUUCUAUAUAG